ACCCUCUCUUUUUUCUCUUUUUCUCCUUUUUUCCUUUUUGCUUUUGUUAAAUGCCCAGGCACGCCACAAUACCAGGCGUUAUCAAUACCAGCUCACAUUUCUUUCCUUAUUUGAAAAGAGGACUAACUUUCUAGCUCAUUACAGACACCCCUUCCCCUUUCCUCUCCGCUUUCUUUUACGUGCCCACCUUAGCAAAAAAAAAUCAAAUGUUUAGCCAACCGGAUUAGUUUAGAUUAUACGACCCGACCCCAGCCAAUGGGAAAAAGAUACAGGGGCGGGACUUGCGUCAAAAAUAAAGACUCAUGCCCCUUCGUUCAGGUGUGCUCUCAUGGCGACUGGCCAAAAAGGCACCCCUCUGCGCAAAAAUAAAAUUGCUUUGCUAAAAAUCCUUUGUUCAAGUGUUCAAUUUCCUUAAGAUUUUAAAAGUUAUUCAUAACAAUAGGCUCCUGUUUCAGUAUUUCCUGGUGCGGCAUACCACACCUACAGCGGUCGAGUCACGCCAGGCACUGCCAAGACCCCGAAAAGUUCGCCCGCAGCAGGCCGGAGGUGACCGAGGGCGCGCAGGCCCCAGCGAGCACUGCAUGCUGGGAUCCGUAGGCCGGGGCGGCGGAUGUUUGCGCAGCUUCCUUGAGAUGCCACCGCCCGCUGCGCCGCGCAGAAACCGAGAGCGCAGCGCGCCCGCGGCCUGCGUCAGUCGGUCAGUGCAGUCGUUCUAAAAUCGAGGCGGACCCUGCUUUCUUGCCUGGAGUCGCUUAGAGAUGAUGACUAAAGGAUAAAUUCAGUGUCUUCCAAAUGGCAUCCAGUGUCCAUUUCAUCACGAUUUGGAACCUGUAGUAGCCUUAUCUCUUAACACUUCCUAAUUAUUAUUAUUAUUUUCUUUUUGAGAAAGGGCAUUGCUCUGUCGCCUAGGCUGGAGUAAUCCAGCGGCAUAAUCCCGGCUCACUGCAGCCUCGAUCUCCCGUGUUCAGCGAUCCUUCUUCCUCAGCCUCCCGAGUAGAUGGGACCAGAAGGCACGUACCACCACACCAGGCUAUUUUUCCCCCCUAUUUUUUGUUGAGACUUGUUGGGACCCUAUGUCGCCCAGGCUGGUCUCAAACUCCUGGAACUUAAGCUAUCCUCCUACCUCGGCCCGUUAAAGUGUUGGGAUUACAGGCGUGAGCCACCGGGCCCCAACAUUAAUUAUUCUUCAAGACUAUCCUGGACCGGGCGCGGUGGCUCACGCCUGUAAUCCCAGCACUUUGGGAGGCCGAGGCGGGUGGAUCAUCUGAGGUCAGGAGUUCGAGACCAGCCUGGCCAACAUGGUGAAACCACAUCUCUACUGAAAAUACAAAUAUUAGCCGGGCGUGGUGGCACGCACCUGUAAUCCCAGCUACUCGGGGGCUGAAGCAGCAGAAUCGCUUGAACCCGGGAGGCGGAGGUUGCAGUGAGCCGAGAUCGCGCCACUGCACUCCAGCCUGGGUGACAAGAGCGAGACUCCGUCUCACAAAAAAAAAAAGACUAGUCUGGCCUCUGCCUCCGGGAUGGCGGCUCGCUUUGGACCUCUCUUCUGUGCUUCUACUGCCCUCUCUUACAAUUCUUUAAUAAUUAUAAUCAUGGCGAGUGCUUACCAUAUAUUCCAAUCUAUUUACUUCCACAAGCUCAUUAAUUCUCACCCUAACCCUCUGAGAUGGUUACUAUUAUUUCCUCUCUGCAGCUGAGGGAAUUUUGGGCUAGGGACGUUAUGUAAGUUGAACCACACUACGCUAAAAGUUCCACACCAAGUUCUAGCGUCUCGGCUCCGGACUACCAAGUUCCGGAGCAAGCGGACAGACCAUCUCUUUACGUUCCCGUAGGCCACGCUCCGGGGGCGGGGCUCCGGUGAGGAUACUGCAUCCCAUGGUCCCUUGCGCGCCAGCGCAGCCAUUGGUCCGGCUACUCGGUCCCUUUUUCAAAUUGAGGCGCCGAGUCGUUGCUCGGUUUCUGGGGAUUCGAGCGGAGACGAGAUUAGUGAUUUGGCGGCUCCGGCUGGCGCGGGACAAACGCCACGGCCAGAGUACCGAGUAGAGAGCGGGGACGCCGAGCUGCGUGCGUCGGUCCUCCAGGCCACGCCAGCGCCCGAGAGGGACCAGGGAGACUCCGGCUCCUGCCGGCCGCCAAGCCCCUCCGCUCCUCACAGCGCCCAGGUCAGCGGCCGGGCCUUGAUUUUUUGGCGGGGACCGUCAUGGCGUCGCAGCCAAAUUCGUCUGCGAAGAAGAAAGAGGAGAAGGGGAAGAACAUCCAGGUGGUGGUGAGAUGCAGACCAUUUAAUUUGGCAGAGCGGAAAGCUAGCGCCCAUUCAAUAGUAGAAUGUGAUCCUGUACGAAAAGAAGUUAGUGUACGAACUGGAGGAUUGGCUGACAAGAGCUCAAGGAAGACAUAUACUUUUGAUAUGGUGUUUGGAGCAUCUACUAAACAGAUUGAUGUUUACCGAAGUGUUGUUUGUCCAAUUCUGGAUGAAGUUAUUAUGGGCUAUAAUUGCACUAUCUUUGCGUAUGGCCAAACUGGCACUGGAAAAACUUUUACAAUGGAAGGUGAAAGGUCACCUAAUGAAGAGUAUACCUGGGAAGAGGAUCCCUUGGCUGGUAUAAUUCCACGUACCCUUCAUCAAAUUUUUGAGAAACUUACUGAUAAUGGUACUGAAUUUUCAGUCAAAGUGUCUCUGUUGGAGAUCUAUAAUGAAGAGCUUUUUGAUCUUCUUAAUCCAUCAUCUGAUGUUUCUGAGAGACUACAGAUGUUUGAUGAUCCCCGUAACAAGAGAGGAGUGAUAAUUAAAGGUUUAGAAGAAAUUACAGUACACAACAAGGAUGAAGUCUAUCAAAUUUUAGAAAAGGGAGCAGCAAAAAGGACAACUGCAGCUACUCUGAUGAAUGCAUACUCUAGUCGUUCCCACUCAGUUUUCUCUGUUACAAUACAUAUGAAAGAAACUACGAUUGAUGGAGAAGAGCUUGUUAAAAUUGGGAAGUUGAACUUGGUUGAUCUUGCGGGAAGUGAAAACAUUGGCCGUUCUGGAGCUGUUGAUAAGAGAGCUCGGGAAGCUGGAAAUAUAAAUCAAUCCCUGUUGACUUUGGGAAGGGUCAUUACCGCCCUUGUAGAAAGAACACCUCAUGUUCCUUACCGAGAAUCUAAACUAACUAGAAUCCUCCAGGAUUCUCUUGGAGGGCGUACAAGAACAUCUAUAAUUGCAACAAUUUCUCCUGCAUCUCUCAAUCUUGAGGAAACUCUGAGUACAUUGGAAUAUGCUCAUAGAGCAAAGAACAUACUGAAUAAGCCUGAAGUGAAUCAGAAACUCACCAAAAAAGCUCUUAUUAAGGAGUAUACGGAGGAGAUAGAGCGUUUAAAACGAGAUCUUGCUGCAGCCCGUGAGAAAAAUGGAGUGUACAUUUCUGAAGAAAAUUUUAGAGUCAUGAGUGGAAAAUUAACUGUUCAAGAAGAACAGAUAGUAGAAUUGAUGGAAAAAAUUGGUGCUGUUGAGGAGGAGCUGAAUAGGGUUACAGAGUUGUUUAUGGAUAAUAAAAAUGAGCUUGACCAGUGUAAAUCUGACCUGCAAAAUAAAACACAAGAACUUGAAACCACUCAAAAACAUUUGCAAGAAACUAAAUUACAACUUGUUAAAGAAGAAUAUAUCACAUCAGCUUUGGAAAGUACUGAGGAGAAACUUCAUGAUGCUGCCAGCAAGCUGCUUAACACAGUUGAAGAAACUACAAAAGAUGUAUCUGGUCUCCAUUCCAAACUGGAUCGUAAGAAGGCAGUUGACCAACACAAUGCAGAAGCUCAGGAUAUUUUUGGCAGAAACCUGAAUAGUCUGUUUAAUAAUAUGGAAGAAUUAAUUAAGGAUGGCAGCUCAAAGCAAAAGGCCAUGCUAGAAGUACAUAAGACCUUAUUUGGUAAUCUGCUGUCUUCCAGUGUCUCUGCAUUAGAUAACAUUACUACAGUAGCACUUGGAUCUCUCACAUCUAUUCCAGAAAAUGUGUCUACUCAUGUUUCUCAGAUUUUUAAUAUGAUACUGAAAGAACAAUCAUUAGCAGCAGAAAGUAAAACUGUACUACAGGAAUUGAUUAAUGUACUCAAGACUGAUCUUCUAAGUUCACUGGAAACGAUUUUGUCCCCAGCUGUGGUGUCUAUACUGAAAAUCAAUAGUCAACUAAAGCAUAUUUUCAAGACUUCAUUGACAGUGGCCGAUAAGAUAGAAGAUCAAAAAAAGGAACUAGAUGGCUUUCUCAGUAUACUGUGUAACAAUCUACAUGAACUACAAGAAAAUACCGUUUCUUCCUUGGUUGAGUCACAAAAGCAAUGUGGAAACCUAACUGAAGACCUGAAGACAAUAAAGCAGACCCAUUCCCAGGAACUUUGCCAGUUAAUCAAUCUUUGGACAGACAGAUUCUGUGCUUUGGAGGAAAAGUGUGAAAAUAUACAGAAACCACUUAGUAGUGUCCAGGAAAAUAUACAGCAGAAAUCUAAGGAUAUAGUCAACAAAAUGACUUUUCACAGUCAAAAAUUUUGUGCUGAUUCUGAUGGCUUGUCACAGGAACUCAGAAAUUUUAACCAAGAAGGUACAAAAUUGGUUGAAGAGUCUGUGAAACACUCUGAUAAACUCAAUGGCAACCUAGAAAAAAUAUCUCAAGAGACUGAACAGAGAUGUGAGUCUCUGAACACAAGAACAGUUUAUUUUUCUGAACAGUGGGUAUCUUCCUUAAAUGAAAGGGAACAGGAACUUCAGAACUUAUUGGAGGUUGUAAACCAAUGUUGUGAGGCUUCAAGUUCAGACAUCACUGAGAAAUCAAAUGGACAUAAGACAGCUCAUGAGAAACAGCAUAACAUUUUUCUUGAUCAGAUGACUAUUGAUGAAGAUAAAUUGAUAGCACAAAAUCUAGAACUUAAUGAAACCAUAAAAAUUGGUUUGACUAAGCUUAAUUGCUUUCUGGAACAGGAUCUGAAACUGGAUAUCCCAACAGGUAUGACACCACAGAGGAAAAAUUAUUUAUACCCAUCAACACUGGUAAGAACUGAACCACGUGAACAUCUCCUUGAUCAGUUGAAAAGGAAACAGCCUGAGCUGUUAAUGAUGCUAAACUGUUCAGAAAACCACAAAGAAGAGACAAUUCCGGAUGUGGAUGUAGAAGAGGCAGUUCUGGGGCAGUAUACUGAAGAACCUCUAAGUCAAGAGCCAUCUGUAGAUGCUGGUGUGGAUUGUUCAUCAAUUGGUGGGGUUCCAUUUUUCCAGCAUAAAAAAUCACAUGGAAAAGACAAAGAAAACAGAGGCAUUAACACACUGGAGAGGUCUAAAGUGGAAGAAACUACAGAGCACUUGGUUACAAAGAGCAGAUUACCUCUGCGAGCCCAGAUCAACCUUUAAUUCACUUGGGGGUUGGCAAUUUUAUUUUUAAAGAAAACUUAAAAAUAAAACCUGAAACCCCAGAACUUGAGCCUUGUGUAUAGAUUUUAAAAGAAUAUAUAUAUCAGCCGGGCGCGGUGGCUCAUGCCUGUAAUCCCAGCACUUUGGGAGGCUGAGGCGGGUGGACUGCUUGAGCCCAGGAGUUUGAGACCAGCCUGGCCAACUUGGCAAAACCUCGUCUCUGUUAAAAAUUAGCCAGGCGUGGUGGCACACUCCUGUAAUCCCAGCUACUGGGGAGGCUGAGGCACGAGAAUCACUUGAACCCAGGAAGCAGGGGUUGCAGUGAGCCGAGAUUACACCACUACACUCCAGCCUGGGCAACAGAGCAAGACUCGGUCUCAAAAACAAAAUUUAAAAAAGAUAUAAGGCAGUACUGUAAAUUUAGUUGAAUUUUGAUAUCCACCCAUUUUUCUGUCAUCCCUAUAGUUCACUUUGUAUUAAAUUGGGUUUCAUUUGGGAUUUGCAAUGUAAAUAUGUAUUUCUAGUUUUCAUAUAAAGUAGUUCUUUUAUAACAAAUGAAAAGUAUUUUUCUUGUAUAUUAUUAAGUAAUAAAUAUAUAAGAACUGUACUCUUCUCAGCUUGAGCUUACAUAGGUAAAUAUCACCAACACCUGGCCUUAGAAAGGACCAUCUCAUGUUUUUUUUCUUGCUAUGACUUGUGUAUUUUCUUGCCUCCUCCCUAGACUUCUCUAUUUCGCUUUCUUCUCGGCUCACUUUUUCCCUUUUUAUUUUUCACCAAACCAUUUGUAGAGCUACAAAAGGUAUCCUUUCUUAUUUUCAGUAGCCAGAAUUUUAUCUAGAAAUCUUUUAACACCUUUUUAGUGGUUAUUUCUAAAAUCACUGUCAACAAUAAAUCUAACCCUAGUUGUAUCCCUCCUUUCAAUAUUUUUCACUUGUUGCCCCAAAUGUGAAAGCAUUUCAUUCCUUUAAGAGGCCUAACUCAUUCACCCUGACAGAGGUCACAAAAAGCCCACUUCUUUAGAGUAUACAUUGCUAUUAUGGGAGACCACACAGACAUCUGACUAAUGGCUCUGUGCCCACACUCCAAGACCUGUGUCUUUUGGAGAAGCUCACAAUGAUUUAAGGACUUUUUGAAACUUCCAAUUAUGUCUAUAAUUUAUAUUAUUUUGUUUACAUGAUGAAACUUUUUGUUGUUGCUUGUUUGUAUAUAAUAAAAUAUGUAUAUGUAUGUAUCUUUUUCUCGAUUCAAAUCUUAACCCUUAGAAGGACUCUGGUAUUUUUGAUCUGGCAACCAUAUUUCUGGAAGUUGAGAUGUUUCAGCUUGAAGAACCAAAACACUUAGAAGGAAUAUGUACAAAGAAUAAAUUUUCUGCCCAUGAUGAGUUUAGUGUGUAAAGUUUAGAGACAUUUGACUUUGAUAGCUAAAUUAAACCAAACCCUAUUGAAGAAUUGAAUAUAUGCUACUUCAAGAAACUAAAUUGAUCUUGUAGAAUUAUCUUAAUAAAAUAAUGGCUAUAAUUUCUCUGCAAAAUCAGAUGUCAGCAUAAGCUAUGGAUAAUAUCUAAUAAACUGCCCUCAGUAAAUCCAUGGUUAAUAAAUGUGGUUUCUGCA